CAGGUGAGGUCCCGGGACCGCCACGCGGCCAGUGCGCGUGCGCGCAGGUGAAGGCCCCGCCCCCGGGCUCGGCCACCUGCCCGGGACUCCGGCGGUGGAUUGCUGCCCCCGUCGCGCCGGGGCGGGAACACGGAAGCGGACCAUGGAAGAUACGUCGGGGACUAGCGAGCCCCGGGCCCGGCCGAGAGAGCGGGACCCAGCCCGGCACCCCCGCGCGGACAGAGACCGACACCCGGAGCGGCAGCGGGACAGACCCGGGGACCGGCGCGGGGAGAGAAGCGGAGGCGGGCGGAGGGACGGGGACCGGGACGUGGGGAGGGACCGAGACUCCCGACAGGACAGACACGCGGCCGGGGCCCACCGCUCUGGUGAACAAAGAGUUUGGGAAAAGUCCCGCCAAAGCCGGACGCGGGACGGACACCGAAGGCCGACCUGGGACGCAGCCCCGCCCCCCUGGCCCGCGCCUUGGGAAACCCCGCAGCCGCCGCCCCAGAGGAAGGAGGGCCUCGAGCGCCGGGGCCCGGAAAGUGAACCCACUUCAGGGCGAUUCCUGCCCCUGAACCCCAGGCUUGGACGCGGGGAAGAGGAAUAUUACCAGUCAGAGGCUGAAGGACUCCUGGAAUGCCACAAAUGCAGAUACUUGUGCACUGGCAGAGCCUGCUGCCAAAUGCUGGAGGUUCUCAUGAACUUGCUGAUCCUGGCCUGCAGCUCUGUAUCUUACAAUUCCACAGGGGGCUACACAGGCAUCACCAGCCUGGGGGGCAUUUACUACUACCAGUUCGGAGGGGCUUACAGUGGUUUCAGUGGUGCUGACGGGGAGAAAGCACAGCAGCUGGAUGUCCAGUUCUACCAGCUGAAGCUGCCCACGGUCACGGCAGCAAUGGCCUACAGCGGAGCCCUCAUGGCCUUCUGCUGCCUCCUUGUCGCCGUGGGUGUCCUGCGGGUCCCAUGGCAUUGCCCCCUGUGGCUGGUGACCGAAGGCUUGUUGGACAUGCUCAUGGCUGGGGCAUAUAUCCCAGCUUUGUAUUUCUACUUCUACCACCUCUCCACCGCCUAUGCCUCUCCCGUGUGUAAAGAGAGGGAGGCUCUGUACCACAGCAAAGGGUACAGUGGCUUCAGCUGCAGUCUCCAUGGGGGAGAUAUAGGAGCUGGAGUCUUUGCUGCCCUGGGCAUUGGGGUCUUUGCUCUGGGGGCUGUGCUGGCCAUCAGGGGUUACCGAAAGGUCAGGAAGCUGAAAGAGAAGCCUGCAGAGAUGCUAGAGUUUUAGGAUUGUUAACUUGUCCUGCCAAACAGAAGCUAUGGAAGUUACUCUGAAUUACUGUCUUCCACAGCAUGCUUUGUUGUGGAACUUGAAAACGCUUGAAAAGUCAGAGGCCGGCUUUGGCAUCCUGGGUGAGCUCUGGGUUAGAGUGGUGUUCUCUGAUGUGUAAGCCCUGGUUCUGGAUCCUCUGUUGAUGAGGGACUGACUAAAAUUAUUAAAAACAUAAACAACAAAAACUGGAGCCCAAAACUCGCAAGGAGAAGAUGUGCUACAGCUAAGUGCACUUCUUGAUUAAACAAAGGGAGAUGUCCAAGCAAACCUCAGGAGCCCUGUCUUCCACGUUCAUAAAAAGGCACACAGACACAUGACAUUUCAGCCUGAACUUUUCUAAACACAGCUGUCAUAAGCAGAUUAGGCCCCAACUUUUUCUACAUUGAACUCUCUGAUCCUUUACUUCCUUAAUCUGGAUGGCAGGGUAGGGACGCCUGGAAGACCACUGUGAGGUUUAUGUUGGAGGUGGGCGCGGGCUGAGGAAGGAGGAAUUGGAUUAAUGUACUGGGUUGCAUAAAAGCUAUUCUCACAAGCCCCUCACAAGGGCCUUGAAAGCCCAAUAGUGUUUUGUACCUCUUGUAAAUGUGGCAUUGUAUGAAUAAUUAAACCCAACAUCUGGAAUUCAGGAUCCAUCCAGAAUAAACGAAUGUAAGCUCUUUCCCAGCACAAGAAUGCUGCUUUUCGGCAAACAACUUCACGGGUUCAUAUUGCAUGUUAAAUUAUGACUCAUGGAACAUGAUGAUAUAUUCUUGGUAUAAGUGAAUAUGUUCUUUGCUUUAUGUGAAUCCAAUAAAAAUCCAAAGAAAUAUCUUAAUUUGGAGGUGAUGGUUCUCUUUAUAAUACAUUUAUAAUAUUAUUCCCUUAGAUACAGGCAACUUACCACAUUUAAGAUGAGUUCCAUUUGGGUUUAGAAAAGGAGAUGCAUAUAUAUGUACAUGCUUCAAGUAUUCUGUGAAUAUAUAAGAAAGCAUUAACAAUAUUUGCUUCUGGAGAGAAGGAGAUUUUAUGUUUCAUUUUAUGCAUGACUUGACUGCACAUGUUCUAUUUUGGACAAAUAAAAAAUAAUUUUUAUUUGCUCUCCUCAGUUUUUUCACAUUUUACAGUGCAAAGGCAGAAGUAAUGUAUAAUAAAGCAGAAUAUUAAAUGAUCAGCUACAAAAGCAGCCUUACCAGAAAGACACUAUUUACAAUAAAAACCUCAUGUCCAUUGCAGUCUCCACUUUCCCUCUGGAAAGCUCUGACUUGUCCCCACCAUAAACUGCUAGCUCUUGUAGUGACCCUUUUUCUUUUCUCCUGGUGUCCGUGAAUCUGUGUGACUGCAUGCUUGGAAAUACUUGAACGUGUUUGGUGUCGAGAGCCAAACCAGGUCAGGCCUGGCUGGGACUGUGAGAUUAUUCAGUGGCCAUAUUCCUUCCAUCAGUCUCCACAACAGACCAUUAUUCCUCUCAAUUCCUGCAGCCCAUGGGGUAGUUGACAAGAUCUAGGUUUACUCCAUUUCAGCCUAGCAGAUAUGUGCUUGCACAGAUUAUGACUCCACUGUUUUGGCAGAACAUGUCCCAGAAGGAGACGUGCGGAUUUCCACAUCUAGUGGUGGUACAAUAUUUGUUUCUCUUUAGGGGUGAGAUAGUAAUGUGCAUGCGGAAGGAAAACUGAGGCAGAGAAAGGUGUUGGGAUAGCUACUCCCCUGAAUAGGAAUGAUGUGUGGACCAGUUCACUUGCUCUGCUGCAGGGAGACAGUGGCGAGAAGCUUGCAGUGUCUGGGUGGCGAGUGGGCAGUUCUCUUCUGAUGUUAUUUUCAGAUUGAAAUUAGUGGAACAUAGCUUCUCAGCUGUCGGAGCCUUUGACUGCUGUGUCUCAUGGACCUCCUAGGAAUUUGCGUGGGCCCAGCAGGAGAUGGGAUCAGCAAGCCCAGUAGCUGUUGCCUAAGUAUGUUAGAGAUACUGAUCUGCCUGGAUUAUAACCGUUGGACCCCUUAGUGCAUUACUGGGUUUUCCUGAUUUUUUGGAAACCAUGCUUUUCAUAAACUCAGCCCAUUUCUUCUUACAUCUCUUAAGUCCCUUCCAUUUUACAAACGUUACUCAGUAGCAUCACCAUCCACUUGUUUAACAGUUGAUGAUCUUCCCAGUAUUCUCAUGCAGUUGCUUUCAUUUGGGCCUCCCCCCAACCCUGUGGGAUAAGACUGGCGGCAUUAUCUUCAUUUGUUAUAUGAAGUGUCUGAGGCUGAGUCACAGACAGUAAACAGUAGCAACAAGAGCUUGGCGUUCCCACUGCAGUUUGUAUGCUGUUCUUAUUCUCACCACGGAAUCCUGACAGAAUGGCGGGAGACACUGGCCCAGAAGAGGCCGGGGCCUGUGCCAGUGACGAUGAAAGCUGGCAUCAGACAGGAAGAUACUGUCUCUUCGGCCUGUCGGUUCCCGCUGCCUGUGGCUUUUGUAGGUUCCUUGCCUGUGGGAAAGCACCAAGAGUACAGCCCAAGUAUCCGUCAGUAGGAUGCUGGUUGACGAGGCCGUUCCACCCACACAGUGGAGCUGGAGGCCAUGGAACAAAGCGUGGACAGUGGGGGGGGCUGAUCUCAAAACCACUCUUGACAUAGUAAACAACAAGGCGAGACCCAGAGCCGUGUCGGCGGUGUGCUUCCUUAUCAAAAAAAAAGGAACUGGGGGAUAAAAUGCCGAUCUGAACACUUUUAUUUGCAAAAGGAACACUGAAAAGUUACAUUAGAAAAUAAUGAAAGUGGUUGGGGUAGGCAACAGGGUGGACAGAGACAUGAGUGAUUUCUCAGUUUGCACCUUUUUGUGGCAUUUUUUAAAAACUCAAUUUUGAAAUAAUUAUAGAUUCACAAAACAUUACAAAAAUAAUAGAUCCUGAGUUUCCCCAGUGGUAACUCUUGCAUAACUCUAAUACCAUAUCAUAACCAGAACAUCAACGAUCUACAGCUUAGAUUUCCCCAGUUUUACAUGCACUCAUGUCUGAGUGCAGUUCCGUGCACUUUUAUCACAUAUAGAUUGUGUGGGAUAAGACUGGCCGUAAGACAGAACUGCUCCAUCACCAGGCAUGCCUACAGCUCCCCCUUUCCAGUCACACCCAGCCCUCCCCAGCCCCGUCCCCUCACAAGCGUGGAUCCGCGUUCCAUCUAAUUUUGUCAUUUUGAGACUGCUGCGUGAGUGAAAUCAUACAGAAUAUAACUGUGAUUGGCCUUUUUCACUUGUAAUUCCUUUGAGAUCCAUCCAAGUCGCUGCGUGUGUCAACAAUCUGUUCCUCUGAUUGUUGAGUUUUCCAUGGUGUGGAUGUACCAGAUUGUUCAGCCAUUUGCCCAUGGAAGUACAUUUGGGUUUCCAGUACUUGGCUAUUACAAAUAAAGCUACUGUGAACGUUCGUGUACACAUCUCUGCGUAGACCUUAAGUUUUCAUUUCUUUAGGAUAAAUGCUCUGGAGUACUGUUGCAGGGUCACAUGGUAAGUAUAUGUUUAGUUUUUUGAGAAACCCAAAAAAUUUUUCCAGCAUGACAAUUUGAUUUUUGAAACAUAUUAAAAAACAAAAACCAAGGAUGUUAAUAUUGAAUCUGACCGUGUCCUUAAAAUCAGGUCACCAGUGGUAUUUCUCUAGUCUGCUCUAGAGAUUUCCUGGGU